GUAAAAUAGUAAGCAUUCCGGAAGCGAGCAGCGAGACCCGAAUUUAUCGUCCCUAUCAAAAUUCCUUUGAGUUGAUCAGUUCCUAUCAACACCUCCAGGGUCAAGUACAGCGACACACUAUGAGUCUAUUGAAGAUUCCCUUCAUACUAGCUUCUGCUAUUGGCAUCCAUAUUUCGUCAAUUACUCCUUCUCCGCCACCGUCAUCUAAAGAGAAGGUGGUGGGCUCGUCGCUCGAAUCCAUCAUGGGAUGGUUUUUGAAACUUCGCUGUAUGGAAUUAAUAAAGAUCAGUGCAUGGGCAGCAUCGUUUGCCGAAGUGGCUAGCAUCCUAGCCAUACAUAUAGAUCCCUCGUAUAUUCCAGAAGGUAUCUAUGCCGCUAGAGCCGUGCAGCUUUUGUGCAUUCUUCACCCUACACCAAUUACCCCUGCUUUCCUUGCUGGCAGUACUGCCAUCGCGAUUGGCGGUGUAUUGAGGCUUUAUUGUAUAUUGACGUUAGGAAAGUUUUGGAGCUUCCACCUCAGCGUCAGAAAAGAGCACAGACUUGUGACAAGCGGGCCGUACUCGGUGGUCCGCCACCCAAGCUACACUGGUCUCCUUCUCCAAGCUACUGGGAUCGCCACCAUGUACGGAAGCCAAGGGUCGUGGAUGAGGCAGUCUGGGAUCCUACGAGUGCCUUUCAUUAAAGUCUUAGCAAUGAUUGUCUUUUUCGGAUCUGUCACAUUAGCCACUUGGAUUUCCCUCAGCCGACCUGCAGUGGAGGACAAGAUGUUGCAGCUUGCUCUGGGAGAAGAAUGGGAGAAUUGGGCAAAGAAAGUGAGAUACCGGCUUAUUCCUGGGGUUUAUUGA